CAUAAAACAGUUGAAAAAGGUAAACAAAACUGAAAGCUGAGCGCACAUUUCCAGCCCCAAAGUCCUUAUAAAGAGCAGAGUGAACUCACAGCCACGAGUGGAGGAAGAGAGAGAGAGAGAGAGAGAGGAGUUACUACAGUGAUACUAACAUGAACCAACUGUAUUGGGCUGAAGAUCCCUUUUGUCUGCCCGAUGGGGUGUUUCAACUGGGCGCCUCUGACCCAGUUUGGGGUAUAAACUAUGUCAUGUACCACGGCACCACCUGGCAGAACGCCCAAGCCAUCCUGCGCACAGGAUUUCGCCCGUCCGCAGACGGGAUGCUCGGCCCCGGCGUCUACCUCAGCAGAGACCUGAACAAAGCCAGCCGUUAUCCCAUCGACUGCCCAGAGUCUCACAGGGUCGUCAUUAAGGUCGUGGUCAACGUGGGGAAAGUGAUCGCCAUCAAUUAUCAAGGCCACCCGCUUCAGAAGUCCUGGCAUUAUUGGGGCUACGACACCGCCUGGGUGCCGCCCAACUGCGGGAUGGUGGAGAGCGGAUUGGAGGAGGAUUGUGUCUGGGAUCCCCGUCGAAUCCAGAUCCUCGGUACCAUCCACCCUCGCCCAGUCUAUCCAUAUUAUUAUAAUUAUCCAUAUGGGAUGUACAUGUGGAGACAACCUUCUGAACUGUGGUGGCAGCUGCUGUGUAAGUCUUCAAGGUCUCCUGAGCUCUUCAUCGGUGACACCAACAUGGAGUACCAGUGGGCUGAAGAUGACUUUGAUCUGCCCAACGGGGUAGUUCGACUGGGCCUCUGUGAGCCUGUUAGUGGUCAAACGUAUGUCAUGUACCACGGCACCAGCAGCCAAUAUGUUAAAUCCAUCCUGGCCUCAGGGUUUAGCCAGUCUGAAGGCGGGAUGCUCGGCCGCGGCGUCUACCUCAGCAGAGACCUCAACAAAGCCAGCCGCUACCCCAUCAACUGCCCGGAGUCUGACAGGGUCGUCAUUAAGGUCGUGGUCAAUGUGGGGAAAGUGAUCGCCAUCAAUUUUAAAGGCCACCCUCUUCAGAAGACCUGGCACAGCCACGGCUACGACACCGCCUGGGUGCCGCCCAACUGUGGAAUGGUGAAGAGCGGAUUGGAGGAGGAUUGUGUCUGGGAUCCCAGUCGAAUCACCGUCAUCGAUAAAAUCAAACCACGCCUAGUUAGUGUGUCUGGUGGUGCAUACGGCUACAAAUGUGAGAGAAGUGAAAUUAAACAUAAAAGGAAAUUUAUCCCAAAGCCCAAAGGUCCUUUGAACAGACAGCCGGCACUCUUGGAGGAACCUGGUGGAAGUGACGCCAACAUGCAUUACCAGUGGGCCGAAGAUGACUUUGAUCAGCCCGAUGGGGUACUGCGACUGGGCCUCUCUGAGCCAGUUAGCGGUCAAACGUAUGUCAUGUAUCACGGCACCACCUGGCAGAACGCCCAAGCCAUCCUGGUGUCAGGAUUUCGCCAGUCUGCAGGCGGGAUGCUCGGCCGCGGCGUCUACCUCAGCAGAGACCUCAACAAAGCCAGCCGCUACCCCCUCGAUCACCUUGAGUUUGACAGGGUCGUCAUUAGGGUCGUGGUCAACGUGGGGAAAGUGAUCGCCAUCAAACAUCAAGGCCACCCGCUUCAGAAGACCUGGCACAGCCACGGCUACGACACCGCCUGGGUGCCGCCCAACUGUGGAAUGGUGAAGAGCGGAUUGGAGGAGGAUUGUGUCUGGGAUCCCAGUCGAAUCCAGAUCCUGGGUACCAUCAACCCACGUCCAGUCCAAGACCGACGUUCAGCAACCGAAACUGAAAGUGCACAUUCCUUUCCUCCUGUGAACUCACAGUGUGCAGCAGUGGAGAGAGGAGAGGUACGUGAACACAAACUGUUUAUUCCCUAUAAAAGACUACAUGACCCCGUCAUGGAGUACCAGUGGACUGAACGUGAUCUUCCCGAUGGGGUAGUUCGACUGGGCGCCUCUGAGCCAGUUAGUCAUAGCACGUAUGUCAUGUACCACGGCACCAGCAGCCGGAACGCGCGAUCCAUCCUGGCCUCAGGAUUUUGCCAGUCUGCAGACGGGAUGCUCGGCCGCGGCGUCUACCUCAGCAGAGACCUGAACAAAGCUCGCUGCUAUCCCGCUUUUCACCCUGAGUCUGACCAGGUCGUCAUCAGGGUUAAGGUCAACGUGGGGAAAGUGAUCGCCAUCAAUUAUCAAAACCACCCGUUUCAGAAGUCCUGGCAUGAGUACGGCUACGACACCGCCUGGGUGCCGCCUAUGUGUGGAAUGGUGAAUUGCGGUUUGGAGGAGGAUUGUGUCUGGGAUCCUCGUCGAAUCGAGAUCAUCGAUACCAUCAACCCACAACCAGUCUCAGCCGGUAUUCUUGCUGCAGGUGUUGCAGUGUUGUCAGGUAUUGCUCUACUCGCAUUGGCUUUGGUAAAGUCUUAAUGGCGACACCGACUGUGCGUGGAAUGGUGGAUCCAGAUCAUAGAUAGCAUCAAACCACAGACAGUCCAAGACCCACUUGCAGGUGGAUUUCUCUUGUUGCCUUUCUCUGUUGCCAUAUAUUCUUGGAGAAUGUUAAAUCUGAGUUGCAGUCUGUAUUUUUGAAAGCAGAGAGUGAUGUUUCGUAUAUUUUUAUGUGCCGACAGGAAUAUUGUCACAACUGUGUUAUAUUCUGUCUGAUUACUCUCAGUGGUUACGUCUUAUUAAUCUUUUAUUAUUAUUAUUUUAAUCAUACUCAUCAUGCGUUUAUCAUUUAUGUAUGUAAGAUGUGGGUCUCCAUCAGAGAGUGAAUAGGUCUGUUAUUAGUUGAUGUGGUGAGUCAUUCAUUCAUUCAUUUAUUCUACUUGUAUUCACUUAGUUACAGUAUUAAUAAUUUAUGCUUUACCCAUGUGUGCAUUAUUCACCACACUAUUACUAUUAGAUUAUAAUGACUUGUUGACAUCAUAUUACUUAUCACAUAUUAUUAUGAUUUAAAGAGUGUCACUUGUUUAUUAAGAAUAAAUAAGAUGAGCUUCUGUUUGUGGUUGUGACCGGCUCCGUUCAGGUCGAACUGAGAUGGCUGACAGAGAGCAGCAUUGGUGUAACUGCAAAGCUGAAUCAUGUGCAAAAAACAGAAGUUCAAAAAUUAAGUUGAGGUUCUGAAACCAUAAAAACAAGAAGAGGAGAAGAGUACACAAAGUUUUUGAAAGGUUCCUGAUGGGAGGAGUAAAACCACAAGAGGGUAGAAAGCAGAAACUGGAACCUCGAUAAAGGGAAGAACUUCCACCGCUGGCGGUUUUUGGUUUCUCUGUUUUCAGACCACAGCGGUGUUUGAGGAUUGUGAGUUUUCAAUCUCUUGCCUGAACAGUGAGAAACAGAUAACCGUGAGUAUUGGAUGAGUCGCAAAUCAGUAAACAACUGAGGUUUAUUAGAUUCAAAUUUAGCAGAUAGAUAGAAGGACUGAAUUUAAACAGAAAUCUAAAACUCUUAGAAAACAAGUCGAUCAUAGUGGUUCUGAGCAAAGUCGGUUUCAAUCUUUUACUUUUAUUUUUUUCUAUUUUUUGUAAACCAAGACUUAUAAUUGAUAAAAUAAAAACUACUUUAAACAUAAA